AUGGCAGCUUAUGGAGCUCUGGUUUCUCUUAUGCAUAUCAUAGAUCGGCUUGAAAAACAUCCUUCCCCUCCAAUUUCUAUCCACAAACAGCAAGUUGAAUCUCUCACUCAAAAUGUUACCUUCUUGCAGGAUUUUCUUGAUGCUUAUAUUUCCCCAGUUGUGGAUGACCAUGAAGCGGAUCCAUUGGAGCGUCGCAUUGCUGAUGCAGUUUAUGCAGCUGAGGAUGUCAUCGAAUCCCAAAUUGUGGAUCAAAUUCAUAACCGAUCCACAAUUUGUGGGAAGAUGUCCAGUUUUAUCAACUUGUUUCGAGCUCUGUGUAAUUGCGCAACUAUCGAGGAGGACUUCUAUCACGAUCUACAACAUGUGAUAGAAGAAAUGAAUUUGAUCAAGAAGGAAGCCAUGGAGAUUGCUGCAGCAGCUCAACUGCAGACAAAGGUCUCCUCAACUCGUGCUGGCUCCUCAACAUUCUCUUCAACUGUGCAGGAAAUGAUCAUAAUGGUGGGCUUCGAUAAGGUGUUACUUGAAGUGCUGGAUAAGCUCACCGGAGGUCAACUGAGUCGCCAAAUCAUCCCAAUUAUGGGGAUGGGCGGCAUUGGUAAGACCACUCUUGCCCGACAUGUAUUUCAGCAUGCACUUGUUAAAGAGCAUUUUGAUAUUUGUGUUUGGACAACAAUUUCUCAAACUUAUAAUGUGAGAGAAACACUUAGAGAAGUUCUUUUCCAAGCAAGUGGGGAUCCACAUUGUGACCAGCUGAGUGAGAACCAACUGGGGCAAAAAUCACUUAUCAGUGAGGGCGAAUUGGGAUUAAAACUAUACCAGUAUUUAUGGGGUAGGAGGUAUCUCAUAAUUAUGGAUGAUAUGUGGAGUAUAGAGGUGUGGGACAAGAUCAUGUCUUUCUUUCCUGAUUACAAUAAUAUGAGUCGAAUAAUCGUAACAACUAGGCUAUCAAACUUGACUUCGCAGUUGGGUGAGUCUUAUGGCAUUGGUAUGAAAUUUCUAGAUGAGGCUAGUAGUUGGGAUUUGUUCUCCAAGACUGUGUUUGGGGGAGAAAGUUUCCCUCAUGAGUUGGAGGAUAUUGGAAGGAAUAUUGUAGCAAAUUGUAAAGGGCUUCCUUUAUCAAUUGCUACAAUUGGAGGCCUUUUGGCGAAAUCUGAGCGUACUAGAGAAUAUUGGGUGCGUAUAGAGCAAAAUUUAAAUUCAAUUGUGAUUACGAAUAAUGAUGAAUUUUGCUUGAAAAUAUUGCGAAUGAGCUAUACCUAUCUGCCCAACUAUUUGAAGCCAUGUUUUUUGUAUAUGGGUGUUUUUGAGGAAGAUCGUUCAAUUCGUGCCUCAAUGCUGAAGAAGCUAUGGGUUUCAGAAGGAUUUUUGAAACCAAUGAGUACUGGCAAAUGCUUGGAAACAAUUGCGCAAGAGUACUUAAUGGAGUUGGUGGAUAGAAAUCUCAUAAUAGUGGAUAAGUUGGGGUCUGUUGGAAAUGUUAAGUACUGUAAAAUUCAUGAUCUGUUGAGGGACUUGUGCUUGAAAGAAGUUGAAAAGGAGAGGUUUUAUCAUAUCAUAGAAAAGACUCCUUCAGUCAUAGAUAAGGAACGUCGUCGGGUUGUUUUUAAAAAUGCUAGAAGAAGGGUAACAAGUGAAGUCUCGAGAUCUUUGUCACAUGCUCGUUCUAUAAUAUGUGAUGAGAGGGGGAAAAACUUUGAAAGGCCUCAUAAUUUUAGAUUGUUGAGAACAUUCAAAGCAUAUGAUAGAGAUACACAUAAAUAUGGAGUUGGUGUUCAUUUCCUAGGCGAUGUUUUUCAAUUGGUGAACUCACGGCACCUUGCUGUUAGACUUCAUUGGGAGUCCACAUUCCCAUCUUCAAUCAAUUUGCUUUGGAAUCUAUACACGUUAAUAGUUUAUCGGUCACUCGAUACGUCUUGGGAUAUGAAUAGAUGUGGAGAUUGUCGUUGGCCUGAUCUUGUUCAUGCUGAGCUUCCGCAUGAACUUGUUGCACCGAUUGAGAUUUGGAAAUUGCAUCAACUUAGGCAUCUCGAGUUUGUGGAAGAUGGAUUGACUCUACCAGAUCCUCCGAGUGACGUGGUUAUCAUGGAGAAUCUACAAACGCUCAUAGGAGCAAAUAAUUUGUAUUUGAAUGAGGAGGUGGUUAAAAGAAUUCCCAAUCUCAAGAAAUUGCAUCUGUUUUACAAAUUGGAAUAUAUGGAGGGUUGUCUCAUCAAGUGUUUGAGUGAAUUGAAACAAAUGGAGAGAGCAAACUGUUUGAGCUAUCUUGAGUGUCUAAGUAAAUUGGAAAACUUGUACUGCAGCAUCGAUUAUGGAUGUGAAGAGUAUUUGCAGAGGAUUACUUUCCCACACUCCCUCAAGAAGUUGAAGUUAUUCCUCUAUGGCUCGUUUAAUCUGGAUUUGGUAGAGAUAUUGGAAAAGAUAGGGUGGCUGCCCCUUCUUCAGAUGCUGGUAUUACAUUGUGGUACCUUCAAAACAGGCAAGUGGGACACUACUGAGGGACAAUUCCGGAGCCUCAAGCUACUACAAUUGGACUAUUGUGAAGGUCUAAAAAAUUGGACAAUGGCAGAGAGCUCCCACUUUCCACUUCUCCAGGAGCUUCAUCUUCGAGGUUUGGAUGAAUUGGAGGAGAUCCCUUCCGAAGUUGGAGAAAUAGCAACGCUGAAAUCAAUUACUUUGGAACGUUGCAGAGAAUCAGCGGUAGAGUCAGCGGCAAAGAUAGUAGAAGAACAAGAGGAUUUAUAUGGAGACCAACUAGACCUUCAUGUUCGAGCUAUACUUCGGUACAGAGACGAAACACUGCUGAGCUUGGCAAGUCCCAACUUUGAAGUUACAGCGAUGAAUAGUUAUUAG